AUGCGGGUGCCCCUGGCGGUGCUGGCGGGGGUGGCGGCGCUGGCCGGGGCGCUGAGCUUCGUGCUGCUGGCGGCCGCCAUCGGCACGGACUUCUGGUACAUCAUCGACACCCGGCGGCUGGAACGCGGCGCCCUGGAGGUGCAGGACGGCGCAGGGGGCGCCAACCGCAGCCAGCUCGAGCCUCUGAGCUCGCACUCCGGUCUCUGGCGGACCUGCCGGGUCCAGAGCCCGUGCGCGCCGCUGAUGAACCCCUUCUGGCAGGAGAACGUGACGGUCAGCGACUCUAGCCGGCAACUUCUCACCAUGCACGGGACCUUCGUGAUUCUGCUCCCCUUCAGCCUCAUCCUCAUGGUGUUUGGGGGGAUGACAGGGUUUCUGAGCUUCCUCCUCCGAGCCUCCCUCCUCCUGCUGCUCACGGGGACCCUCUUCCUCUUUGGAGCCCUCGUCACGCUCGCCGGCAUCAGCAUCUACAUCGCGUACUCGGCCGCCGCCUUCCGGGAGGCGCUGUGUCUGCUGGAGGAGACGGCCCUCCUGGACCAGGUGGACAUCCGCUUCGGCUGGUCCCUGGCCCUGGGCUGGGUCAGUUUCUUCGCCGAGCUGCUCACCGGGGCAGCCUUCCUGGCAGCGGCCCGCGUGCUCAGCCUGAGACGGAGGCAGGACCAGGCCAUCUGA